AUGGCCAUCCAAACAGCCAAAAUCCGCUUGGCUCGGAGAACACUCCUUUACAGCUCACCGGCCUCGACCAUUCCGCUUGAAGCUACUGGUUGUUUUACCAGGCUGGGGAAACGGCUACCUACGGAUGGAUCUCCCACUCUUGAACAUGGUACGAAUAUGGUAUGGAAAACGCCCAUAGCAAUACCGAAGAUUGAGGACGGAAGAGCUUCCAUCGGGGCUGUGACGGAUGUUGAGAAUACUGGGCAUGACAGCGAGACCAGAUUCGCAGCCGGCGAAAAGUUCAUUCUCAUCGAAAUACUGGCUGAUGCGCUAGCUCAUCCAAGUGUUCCUCAUCUUGAAAUGCUGGUCGAGCGCACUUCUUGGCCAGACCUGGAAUCUGUUCAAAGGAGCGUGGUUGGAACAUAA